AUGACUCCCUCUGACCUCGCCCGCUCUGCCUGCCCCCAUCCUCCUCCCUUGCCCGUCUCCGUCCCCGACCAGAGUAAUGACCUUGACCUCCCCGAUGCCGACGACUUGGAAGAUCUCAAGAUAGGCACUCACAAGAGGCAGGAUUCAUUCAGCUCACAGGCUCAUUCUCGCUCCAGCAGCGUCGGAGGCGCCUCGUUCGGCUCCAUCGAGGAAGAUAACACCGGAAUCGCGCAGUCCUUCGUUGACACCAAAGAGAGUAACCCGGCCAGUGACCAGACGCAUACCGCUGACUGCUCGGCCGUCAAGGCACAGGAGCUCAAGGCGCAGGCUCCCGACUUCUGCUGCCCGUGUGGGACCUUUCGAGGAUGGAAACAGAUUCGUCUUGGAGGCAGAAAGCAGAGCAGAAGCUACAGCGACCUACGCUUUCUCGGAGGAACCCAGGCGAGAGGAUGGGCGUGGGAGGAAGACGUCCCAGAGCUGGCACCGCCCAAGGUCCAGAAACAGGAGCAGCUGGCUCUUCAGAGAGUGAUCAAGCGAGCCUGUCUCGAGAAACUACCCGUUGAGAUACUGGAUGAGAUCAUAUCAUAUCUUGCUCUGGAUAUCCCACCAAACGGAUAUACUCCUCGCAAUGUCGACCUGAUCUCCUGUCUCCUGACAUGCAGGACUCUGCACUCUGCCACCCUGGGCGUGCUAUACCGGCACAUCACCAUCCCUCACUCGAUCAUCUUCUCCAAGGCUCUGAACCAUAUUCGCCAGUAUCCAUCUCUGGGCACAAUCGUUCGACGGCUGGACUUCUCGCACUUUACCUCCGUCGGUCUCGGGCGCACUCAGCAGAUGAACGUCGAGAUCCAGAACCUCACUGCAAAGACCCUCCUUCAGUGUCUGGACCUGCUGCCAAACCUCAAGGAGCUGCUACUCCAGGAGCACGUCGAAGACGAUGUAGACGGUGAUGUUGUGCGCAAGAUCUUCAUCAGCAAGACUCUCCUCCGAGCAAUCGAUUUCUGCGGCUGUUCGUCUUCGAAAUUCUCCUCUGGCUUCCUCAGUGCCGUCACCCAGGAGCCUAAAUUCCCUAUCGUCCUACCCAGUCUUCGUCGUCUAUCUCUCCACGAAUGUACCGGUUUACCGGACGAAGUGUUCCAGUCUCUUCUCCCACGUCUCGUCAACCUAACCCACCUCGACGUCGCUCACACCCAGAUAAGCAACAGCACACUCUUCCUGAUCCCGUACACCGCGCAAAUCACCCACCUCAACAUCUCACGAUGCACAAAACUCACCGGUCCCGAGGUCGUCAAGUUCCUUACCACCCAUCCAGCAGUGACACAUACGCUCGUCUACCUCAACCUGAUGGUCGACGCUUCUCGCCAUCGUAUCCUCGAGGAAGCAGAUGUGCCAAACCUCCUACCACACCUCACUCCAACCCUCCGUUCUCUAAACCUCGGUGGUGCCCGCAUCACAUCCGCCCACAUGCCGGACCUCCUCAAACUCUCCAAACACCUUGAAGAACUCGGUCUAUCCUCCGCAGACCUCACAAUCGAUGAUCUGAAUUCCUUCUUCGCUCCUCCACCACAAUCUGCUAACGGCACACCUGCCACCUCUACCUGGCAACCCUCUCACCUCCGCUAUCUCGACCUGACCCGCAACCCGUACCUGACUCAGGCGGCCUUGUUCAACACCAAAUCCUGUCUGCUCAUAACCCCGCAGAGCUACCCCUUGCUGGUCAUCGAGUUGAGCGAGCGAAUCAUUGCACCUCUACGCACUCGCAGCAAGUCUAGCAAUAACCGGAACGGAUGGGUAGUUCGUGAGCUCGGUAGGAGAGGUUGGUAUGUUCGCGAGCCAAGUGGCGAUCCUGCAAUGCCUGUGGAUGACGGGCAGAGAAGCUGGAAGAUGGGAGCUCAUUGGUGGGGGACCAGGAAGAUUCCUGUCGCUAUAGGUGAUGUUGGUGGUAUCUACGGACAUUACAUGUUCAAGAAGUGA